GUUGCCCUCUGGUGCAAAGUACUUCAACUUCGAACUCGACGGGUAACAACCAAUUGUCAAACACCGAGCACCAGACGAGCAGAACGGGUCGUCCAGUAAACAAAGCUCCGAAUUACUCCAAGAAAUGAACAACGUUGAAAUCGAGGACUUUUAUCAUCACGAUUUCACGACCGCCACGGAAUGGGAGAUGUUCAUUGCGCGUUUGGAAGAAAUUAUGCACGAGUGGAAACUACGCAACAUAAAAAUCGGAUGUACCCUAAAACCUGGAGACUUUACCAAACAUCAAUGGGAAGAGAACACGGAGAAACUUCAUUUCGCUGAUGCUGAAUUUACUCUCAAGCACUAUAGAUUGAAGCUCGAGGACACAGAUGUAGACAGUCCCUUAGAAGAUGGAGAAGAUGAAAGAAUACAAUGCCAAAUAGAUGUGCUAAACACAGCAAAUGACUUUGCCAGAAUUGAGGGGGAUUAUCUAGAGAUACCUCGUUACUAUGGCAUCAGAGAAUUCCUUGUUUUACAAUCCACUAAAAGAGAAUCCGUAACAGAUGAAACUAAAAUUAGAAUCUUGCUUAGUUCUUUCGCAAUCGCCGCGACUAACGCCAAUUGCGAUAUACCAACGUUCGUACAAGUGCAAGAACCAUGGCAAAAGAUGUACCUUGGUACCAGUAUCGGCAAAGGAAUUUACGGUCACUUUAACAUGGUACAUUUGAGAAAAAUACCUCCUCACUGCAAGUACCUGAACGGUUUGCUUGCUUUAUUUAAACAAAAAGUGGGCGAAGGUUGCAGAGUGAGGCUCGAUCCUGUGAUGAUAUCCGUAAGGUUUUCGUAUCUACUCAAGGACUGGACUAUUAGCACGUGGACUCAAGAGCCUCCAGACUUCGAUUUCAUGCAAGGUGAAACGUUAGGCGUUGCUGAACUUGGCAAACUACCAUUCGGGGCAACGUUCGAUCCCAUCGCAGAGCUUCUUCUGUUUACCACGUGGGCAGAUGUGUCUGAGAACGUCGUAGUCGACAGCGAAAAUUUCACGGAUUUAGACCCGCAGCAAGCUCCCGAGUGGUCUGUGCAAGUUAAAAUGGUUUCCUCGCCGGCUUGUUUGCUCGGAGAAUAUUUAACAGAAUUUCUGCAACUUUGCAAUAAUCAAAAAAAUUUGGUAGACUUACUUGGGGAUGCUGUGAUUUACGCUCAGCGCGAGGAUCAAUCGUUGAGCGCGGUCUUUAAUAUAUUGACGGAGUCUAGGAUACCUACGAUUUCAACAGUCGUCAGUAAAGCUACCACGAAAAAGAAUAAAAACGUGGAAGGACCGAUAUCGGAGGAAAUAUUAUUGUCGAUACUUUAUUUUCUUUUUCCUGACGCGGAUGAAAAUUCUAAAGCUCCGUACAGCGAUACGAGCAUAAGCAGCAUGGACGAAGAACAGUGGAAAGGUGUGAAAACCUGUCCUAUGGACAGCUUAGUUUGGCGCCUUGCAAUCGUCGCGGCACACUGCACACAUAACCUCGGAGGAGUAUCAGCACUGGCACAAUUAUGGUACGAGAUUGUACAAGAAAUCAGAUUUCGCUGGGAGAAGAACAUCCUCAUACCAGGGGUCACACCAGGUUUUCCAGAUUCUGUGCGAACUUGUAUACUACACCAAAAGCUUCAGAUGAUGAACUGCUGCAUUGAAAAGAAGAAAGCCAGGGAAGAAUCUGCCCAUAGGUCUCAGAGUUUGGAUAUUGACGAUUUCGAGACAGUUUCAACAGAAUCGGAAGAAGAGGAGUUCUUUGAAUGCACAGAGGAGCAAACAAACGAGGACAACUCUACAACAAAGACACAACCAAAAGCGAAAUAUCUGUUGUGGAAUAAACCAACAGGAAGAUUGGCUAGACAUCCUUCACUCAAACUGAUCAAAACUGGGGAUCCUCUUUAUUUACCAGUUACGCAAGAUCCUGUGCCAAAAACAGAGGAUCAACUCGAGGAGGAUGCUCAAGUAAUGAUGCAACUUGGAACUGACAAAUAUGCUUCGGAAAUGAGAGCUAGGCUGAUGAGCGCUUCGUUAUUGUCUGACAUGGAAUCGUUCAAGGCAGCAAAUCCUGCGGCUGUUUUAGAAGAUUUCAUUCGAUGGUAUUCUCCCAGAGAUUGGAUAGAAGAAGAUGGAACAAACGAGUGGGAUCAGCCUAAAGGACAUCUAUCCGCGAGAAUGCUAAUUCCUAAUAAUCCUUGGUCUACAACUUGGAGUUCAGCACAGCAAGUUCCCGCGCAUCGACAAAAAAGAUUGUUCGACGACACAAGGGAGGCAGAGAAAGCCUUGCAUUACUUAAGUUCCAAGCGCAUCGGGCAAGUUGCUCAGCUUCUCUUGCCAGCUUUAACCCAUGCAUCGCUUUAUACCUUGAGUCAACAAAAACAAGAUGCUCUGCCAAAUCUACCGGACGUUGCGCAAAGCAUACAGAAUAAAUUGCAGUAUGCUACGAAACCCCUUCAUCAAAAAAUACAUAUAUACGAGGAAAUCGCUCGAGAUAUAGAAGGCGUGGAAGCUCUAGUCGCCCAAGUGAACUCCAUGCAUCACAAAUUGGGAGGCAACGAUGAUUCCAAAGAGUUUACUUCGUUCCUAAUUCAAUUAAUGCGAGGAAAGGAAGUAGAAGUGCCAGGCGGUUGUAGGGGAAACAUUGGUUCCCGAAUAACGGCAAUGUUCAGAGACGCGCAAAAAGCUGCCUUUGUAAUGACUUCCGUUACUAGCAAUUCUGACGUAGAUGGUCUUGGAGAUGGCAAAUACAAAACAUUUCCCGAACCCUCGUGCAAAGAGUUCAUUUUGCGUACCAUGACCCCGCGACCUUCGCCAACCUCCACACCUCAACCGCAAAGGCUGUACGCAUGUCUUAAACGAGAUUACAUUCGUUUGGCUGGUUUCUUUUCAGAGGAUACUGUAUUUUUAUAGAUCGCAUUUCAAUUUUUCUUGUCAGAGUAUAUAUCGAUUUUAUACCUUGGACAUUAGUAUCCUCUGAAAACUUACAACGCAUUUACCAACAAAAGACUCCAGAAAUACAUACGAAACGUUUAAGUUUAUGAUAGAUGUAAUUAGACUGUGGA